AUUGGAGAUAACUCAGAGGAAGCAACUAGAAGCGGAGGGAGUGCUGUGUGUAAUCUGUAAAUGAACGACAACAUGGAAAACGUUUGUAUCGACAGUCUGAUCCUGAAGCUGCACGAUGUGGGCGCAGUGAAGUUUGGAGAGUAUAAACUGAAGACUGGCAUGCUGACACCCAUUUACAUCGACCUGAGGGUGCUCGUGUCCUACCCCGCGCUCAUGAACCAGGUGUCAGGUCUCAUCUACCAGAGAGUCCAAGACGAGGGGCUGCAGUUUGACUCUGUGUGCGGUGUUCCAUACACAGCCCUGCCUAUAGCUACAAUUAUCUGUUCUAGACAUGAACUACCCAUGCUCAUCAGGCGAAAGGAGGCCAAGGACUAUGGGACCAAGCGUAUGGUGGAGGGCUCGUGUCGUGAAGGGGACACAUGUCUGAUCAUUGAAGACACGGUGACCAGCGGUACCAGCAUCCUGGAGACUGCCGAAGUGCUUUACAAAGAGGGACUGAAGGUGACAGACUCCAUCGUACUUAUGGACAGAGAGCAAGGCGGGGUGGAGAUGUUGAACUCUAAGGGAAUCAAGCUCCAUCCUAUCAUCUCCAUGUUUAAGCUACUCAACGUGCUGUUGGCUGCUGAACGCAUCGACGCUCAAACCUCACAGAGUGUCCGCAAGUUCAUCCUGGAGAAUAACACUUUCAGCCCAAAAGAGGAGAACGGUAAUGGUGAUCCUGCCCCCAAGAAGCCAUGUAUGGAACAGAACCUGGAGCUGAGCUAUGCAGACAGAGCCAAACUACCAAAUGUUCAUCCUCUGGCGUCAAAGCUGCUGAAGAUCAUGGAAGAGAAGCAGUCUAACCUUUGUGUGUCUGUUGAUGUGACGAGCAGCGAGGAACUGCUCCAGCUGGCCGACACUCUAGGUCCGAAGAUGUGUGUGCUGAAGACCCACGUAGACAUCCUGAAGGACUACACUGUAGCCUUCAGCCAGAAACUACAGGCUUUGGCUGAGAAUCACAACUUCCUCAUCUUCGAAGAUCGCAAGUUUGCUGACAUUGGGAACACAGUCAAGCAUCAGUAUGAAGGUGGUAUGUACCAAAUCUCGUCUUGGUCCCACAUAGUUAAUGCUCAUGUGGUGCCAGGGCCUGGAGUUGUGAAGGGUCUGGGAUCUGUAGGGAAGCCUCUUGGCCGAGGCUGUUUGCUCAUAGCACAGAUGAGCUCCCAGGGGUCUCUGGCUACUGGUGAAUACACACAGGCUGCGGUGAAGAUGGCAGAGGAGCAGUCAGACUUUGUGAUUGGGUUCAUCUGUGGCUCAAGGGUCACUAAGAGGCCAGAGUUUAUCCACAUGACCCCCGGGGUGCAGAUGAAGGCUGGAGGAGAUGUUCUGGGCCAGCAGUACACCACUCCAGAGGAAGUUAUUUGCAACAAAGGCUCUGAUGUCAUCAUCGUCGGACGGGGUAUCCUGGAGGCUCCUGACAGGCUGAAAGCUGCUGAGGCGUACAGAAAGUCGGCCUGGGAGGCUUACACAAAGAGACUGGAACAGAGUGGCCACUAGGAGCAAAAAAAAAAGCAUCUUUUCGUCUAAUUGACAAUUCAAGCUACAGAUGUAAUGAGGACUUCUGCAGAUGAUCAGGAUUUUCGUUUUUAGGUUUAGAUUUUUUCAGGAACACCAGUGUGCACAUAAUUGUAUACAUAGAAAUAUAUGUAGAUUUGUGCGUCUCUACAUCACACUGCCACAUCAAAACACGGGUUCCUAUACAAUUUAACAUGCAAGGGGCCAGUUUAGGGGAAUCUGACACUUUAUUGGUGAAGAUUUUUAUGUGUACUCUCGAUUCUGUCCUAUUAAUAAGCUGCUCAACUUGACCUGGCAUCUGGUUGGCUCCGCUGCUUCUGACAUGGUGAAGUAUUUUGGAAAAGGGUUCAGUAGUAUUUAGAGAUGAGUGAAUUAUUCUUAUCCGAUCCAACCAUGCAGAGAGAGUUAAAUCAUUUUCUUUUUUUUAACCUAGUUUUUUUAAGAGCAUGCACUGUUGGUGCAUCCCUGAGGAUUUGUGUGUUACAAACAGGAAUAUAAGAUGUCAUUCCCUUUUACAAAGAUGACAGCUUCCAGCCAAAGUGAGGCUCUUCUUUGUCACAAACACACCAUUCCUGGGUCUGCUUUCUUAUGACUGCGGUAUCAAGGUUAAAAUUCAGGGUAUUUUCUCAUCAUACAGCAAUAAAUAUUGUGUAUUUCAAAUUGCACAAUUGGGAUUAGGAUUAGGGUUAGGGUUGUCUGAUACCGUUCAGACACAUUUUAUUCCUCAUAAUCUCAGUAGUUUUCUGGUUACAUGAACAUUUACAGUAUUUAGAGCAGCUCGAACAGGUACAGUUCAGCAAUGGAUGAUGGGUUUCUCACUGUGGUCUUCACUCAACGUUUUUGAGGGAAUGCAUUAUAAACUUGAUAGGUGCACUACAAAAUGAUUGCCUCUGUUUUUGCCUGAUUGCUUGAGAUUCCCUAAAACAAAGUAUGUCAGGUAUGUGGACCCUCUGAGCAGUGAACUGUCUAUGUGAUCGGUAUUUUUCACCAGCUGUAAUAAUUUAUAUAUUAUCUCGAAUGAUCUGAGUGUAGCCUCAUUAAUUAUAAGAUGUGGAAGUGCUGAUUGUGGCUGGGAUAAACGACACAAGUGUCUUGAUUACGUCCAAUGUCUGCCGUCCAUACUGAUACCUUUAAAAUGACAAAAAACUGAUGUGAGACAUUUGUUUUUCUGAAGAGAGAUGAAUGCAGUUAUAUUGUGAUGUGAUCAGUGAACCCACACAACCACUCUACAAGUUGUUCUAAAAAACUAAAAAAAAGACAGUGGAUAAACAAGUUUCUACAGGAGAAUUGCCGACCACUCCCUCAAAUGUAGACAGAGGUUGAAUUUUGCCAGCAGUGUGUCCUGGGGCCAUGACUGUUGUGCUUUUGCUACUGCAUGCAGUGAUAUGGUUCGAGUCAGUGUUUUUUUUUUUCUUCUUGAUUUGUUGAAUAAAUGUUUCAUUUUCUUCUGUGACAGGGACCUUCUUUGGUUUUUAGUUUCUUCUAAUGAUUAAAAGAAAUGCAAUGUCUUUUUUUCUGGCAAACAAAGAUUAAAACCUUCAAUAAAUCCUAAAUGUUGAAG